AUGGCUAUCAUCAAGAUUGAAAUUGUCUCCGACGCUGUCUGUCCAUGGUGCUACCUUGGCUAUCGACGCCUACAAAAGGCCAUCAAUCUGUACAAAAAGACCUACCCCGGAGGCUCCCAGGACAAUUUCGAGCUGGUUUGGAAGCCGUAUUUCUUGAAUCCGGAUGCCCUCAAAGAGAGUGUGUUGGUUCAAGACCGCAUGAACUCCCGAAUGGGCCCCGAAAAAAGCGCCGAAAUACAGAAAACCUUCAGAAGCAUCGGAAUGAGAGAAGGCAUCCUGUUCAAAUUUAAUGGGUAUGUCGGUAACACCAAGCUGUCGCAUCAACUGCUUCAUCUCGCUAGCUCGAAGCCAUUAUCGUCCGAGACUUCAACCCAGACUCUGGUUGCGGAGGAGCUGUUUCGGUUCCAGUAUGAGCUUGAAAAGGACAUUAGUCAGAUUGAUACCUUGGUUGAUAUCGGGACUCUGUGUGGUCUGAAUGGGGAUGAGGUGAGGACGUAUCUCGAAGAAGAUCGGGGUAGAGUGGAAGUGGAAGAGGAAGAACGGGAGGUGAAGGCGAGUGGGAUGAAGGGGGUGCCGCACUACAUAAUUGGGGGUCAGUAUCAUCUCGAAGGUGCAGUGGAUGUGUCAGAUUUUUUUGAUAUAUUUGUUCAGCUGAAGGAAGGAAAGAAGGAAGAGUGA